CUCGGCGGUACAGGCACAGAAGAGAAGGCUCCUGACUGCUGGGAGCACAUGAUCCCAGAGAGCUGCUAACUGCAGGCGCAGGUCAAGAGGAAAUCCCAGCCCAGUCCAGCCCAGUCCAGGAGAGAGGAGCGGCACCAUGACCAGCCGGGCCAGCCUAACGGAGUCGGAGUUUUCCGAAGAGGAGCUGGAGGGGAGUCUCCUGGCCCGUGAGGGCGAGACCCCCGGGGGGGCGCCGGGGAAGCCGUCCCGGGACAGUGAGAGCUCCUCCAGCUGCCCCAGCGAGCCGGACGAAGCCAGGGCCAAGAAGAGGAGCCGGCCGGUGCGCUCCAAGGCCCGCCGGGUGGCCGCCAACGUGCGGGAGAGGAAGAGGAUCCUGGACUACAACCAGGCCUUCAACGCCCUGCGCAUGGCCCUCAAGCACGACCUGAACGGCAAGCGGCUCUCCAAGAUCGCCACGCUGCGGCGGGCCAUCAACCGCAUCUCCGCGCUGUCCGUCUUCCUGCGCGCCCAGCCGGCCGCCGGCCGGCCCUGCGGGCCCUUCCCCGCUCCCCCGCAGCCCGCGGGGCACCCCCAGGCCUUCCAGGUGUCCCCCGAGCAGCUGUACGCCGACGCGGCCGGCCACCUGGGCCCGCCCUGCUCCCCCCCGCCCCACUACGCCUGCUACUCCCCGGAGCCCCCCCUCUACCUGCAACACGGACACUUCGGAAGCCCCCGAGACGACAUCCGGAGCCCCAACUUUUACAGCAGCGGCGGGGGCACUGGCUGCCAGUUUGGGGUGAGGACCACCUGCCACCACAACCACAUGGACAGCUACCCAGAGGCGUCCCCCACCCUGCCUUUCUCCUGGCAGUUCAGCUACCUGCAAGGCACCGGCUACCAGCAGUCCCUCCCCAUGCACUGACCGCAGGAGACUCGCACACAGACAGCGGCCAGGGCGCCGGCACGCGCUUUGUUUGCUCAAUGUAAGUGCACAGCCAAAAAAAUGACAGAGACUGUAAUGUGUGGUGCAUAUUUUCACAGGCCGUGGGGGGAAAAAAAAAGAGGCUAAGACAUUUCCCACAGGUAGCCCGGUCGCCUUUUGUUACGCUUGCAAUGAAUGAAACAGGAGCCCAACAAGAAUGUCAUAGCAAGAGGAAUCGGGCAUUCACGAUCAGUCAUUUUUUUUAAAAAGUAACUGAAGAUGUGCAGGCUGUAUCCAUUGAAUCUUUGUAUGUACAAAGAGUGAAAGUACUGCAGUACCAAUGCACACAAGUGUUCUAUGAAGCUGUGAAAUGAGUGAUAUCAGCUUGUUAAAAGUCAAAGCCUGUACUACAUGGUAAGAAACUGCACAAGCCUUUGAACAGUCCCUAAAGUUCAACCUACAGCACUAACCCAGCUGGAGGCUGGACACCUAAGUUACUGAAAAGGGAAAGGUGGGAUCUGGAAAUCUCAGUCCCAAGACAAAGGAACUCAGAUGUGUAGCAGUUUUUUUUUUUUAACUGUGAUUCUUCUUUUUGUUGCAUGAUUGUGUUGAUGAUUUGUUUUCUUUUGUAAAGAAAUAAAUGUGAUAUUUUCGAAAACAAAACAUUUCCCAUUUU